AUGGAUGCCUCGACUUCUGAAAAUUGCACAGAAAUUCUCUCCGACCCAACAUCUCCGGUUUUUUGUCAAGUCUGUGGUCUAAAAGCCCAUGGUAUUCAUUUUGGAGCAACAACAUGUCGAGCGUGUGCAGCAUUUUUCAGACGGGUGGCAGCAGGCGCAAAUUUUAUCAUAAAAUGUCGGAAGGGAGAUGGAAAAUGUGAAAUCCUCUCAUACGGAAGAUCAUGUUGUAAAAAGUGCCGGCUGAAAAAAUGCAAAGAGAUUGGGAUGGAUAUUAAAAACUUCCAAUUCAAUCGUGACACUAUCAACACAUCCAAAAACUAUACUCCAUCUAUAGCCAUGUUUGUGGGAAGACCCGAAUUUUUGCUUUUCUGUGAUCCGCAAAAUUCUUCAAAUAUCACAUACGUUGAUUUAUCCGAUCUUUUGAUGAAAGCAAGAAAAAUUCUGAGAACUUGCCCAAAGUUAGCUGGGCGCAAUCGGUUAAGUAAAUUGUCCAGUUUUAUGAAUUUGACUGGACUUCGAGAAUCUCAACAAUCGUCAUUCACCUUGAUUCCAAGUUUCGGAUAUCAAGAAUCGUUCAGUCUUUGGGAGCAUGAUCUACUUCUUGUGACCAGGUGGUUGACCUAUUUCGAUGAGUUUCGGAAUCUUCAACCAAUGAUUAAGAUAAAAAUCUUGAAAUACAUCUGGCAUAUCUGGAACCGACUGGAAAAACUUGUCCGAACUGCCAUAUUUUUGAAGAAUCAAACAAAUUCGAAACUAAACUACGUUCUGCUUACCUAUGACUGUAUUGUGGAUUUUAAAAAUUUCAAAGUUGACCUACAAUGGAUGACAAAAUAUAAUUUGGAGCAAAUAUCUUACUUCAUAGAAGGUGUGGGAGACGUUGACAUGUUUUCCACCAUCCAACCAAUUUUGGAUUUGGACCCGACGGAUAUUGAAUUCAAUUAUAUGCUGGCUCAAGUUUCAUUCUCCUUCGCCGCAAAACGAUUGGGUGGAGAAUAUGCUGAAGUUGCUGAAAAAUUACUGAAAAUUCUGGCUGAUGAUUUACAUGAGUAUUACACGGAAAUCGGUCUGCUACGAUAUUCGGAACGAGUUGUGAAAAUGAUGAAAGUCAAUAAUUCGCUAAUUGAACCUGAAAUGUUCGAGGAGAUUAUAAUCCCAAAAUCGAAGAAUCUCAUAAUCCCAAAAUUGCAGAAUCUCAGAAUCUCAGAAUCUCAGAAUCUCAGAAUCUCAGAAUCUCAGAAUCUCAGAAUCUCAGAAUCUCAGAAUCUCAGAAUCUCAGAAUCUCAGAAUCUCAGAACCUCAGAAUCUCACAAUCUCACAAUCUCACAAUCUCAGAAUCUCAAAAUCUCAGAAUCUCAGAAUCUCACAAUCUCACAAUCAAUCUCUUUUCCCGUGUUUCUUGGUAUCAACAUCAAUCAUCUCGCAUGA